AUGGAGCUUUACGAAGAUCUAGUUCAGGCAUCGUCAACCGAAAUGGACUCAGCUACACCUACACUGAGUCCUCCGGAGCAGAGCCACAUCACCAUCUCAUCAGGCGACCCCGAUGCCACCGGCUCCCCGUCACCAGAUCCAGACAUCACCACCUCUCCCAGUCUCGCAUUCAAAGGCGAUCUCAUCAUUCUGCCAAACCCAGAAGCCCGCAUCGGCCCUAUUCGCGCAUCAAUCGAGGACCCAACCCAGCACACACUACACCUCUUCGCCGGCGCCUCUCUCUCUAGGCACAGAAGCCACAAGGGCCCCUCGACGCCGUCCGUACCAGCAGGCGCCGUCGUCUUCUGGAAACCGUGGCCGUGUACAGACCCCCUCGAACCAUGGCACUCGCGCGCCUUCCAGAUCCUCGCGUGUCGCAACUCCGCACAAGCAGAACUCUACGCCGUCGUCGCAGCCCUCGAGACGGCGACGCUGCUGGCCCAUUUGAUGCCGGACCUGAGACGGGUGACGGUCUAUUCCGACUGCCAAGCCGUCAUGAACGCACUCGCCUCAGGGGAAGUAGGCGAGCACGUCACCACCUUGGAUCCCCUCGUCAGACGCGCAUAUGAAGCGUGUGAUUCUUUAUGGGACGAUAGGAACGUCAGAGUCGCUGUGUGCUAG